AUGCAGGGAGGGAAAGGUCGGAGCAGAACCUCUGCUAUGUCUGUGGAGCAGUUCGUCUCUCUCAUGGCCCCACUGAUCGACAUGGAGAAGGUCCGCGUCCCCUUUCUGUGCUCUCGUCUCCCGUUGCUGUGAUUUUCUUUUGGAGCUCUGUGAAGCUUAAAUUCAACUUCCUUGUUGCUCGCGGCAGCUGGACGGAUCGGUUCUUUAAGUUUUUCUCAUACGCUGGGAGUCGGGUUUCCUUGUUUGGCCUUGGCAAUCAGUGGAGUAUCGUUGUUGUUCGGGAGGCUUGACAUCUCAGAACUUUGUUGUACACGUAACUAUAAUAUUUUAGGAUAACAUGAUUAGUGAGUACCGUUGAGAUGACUCUCUGGUCUGAUGCUUCGAUCAUGGAGACGAUUAUCGCAGCAAAAAAUAAAUUAGUUGUUAAAUAACUGGAUAAAAUUAAAUCUUCCAUUGUUGUGUAUAACACGACUGAAAUAUCCUAAAAGAAAAAUUCUGAGGAACAGAAACGUCUUCGUGUAUCUUUGACAUCGUCGGAACUAGCUUUGGUGGGCGUACAUGGGAAGAUACUGAGGUUUUGGAAAGGCUUCCUGAUUGUCAGGCUAACAUCAGCCUUCAUCUGCUGCAGCAUCAACAGGGCUGUAUGAAUUUCCCGGAAAGGGAGCACUAUUCUCUGAAUUAUGGCGACAUACCAGCCGCAGCUUGCUGGCUGUCAAUAUAAUCUGUCACAGUAGAAAAAAGUAUCUGCAAUCAUGUCAACUAUUCUUAGUACUUUGGGAAUUGGAGGUACUCUGCCGUUUCACCAUUGUCUGUCAAGAGGUACGAAGUUGUAGGAAUGGAAUCUUGAAGUGUCAGAAGAGGACCUAUACAUAAGGAAGACGGAAAUGUUAGUUGAUUUACAGGACUUAGCUUGAUGACAGCAUCACGGCGAAUCCACCAACGUCCCUGGGUCACCUAAAAGGAAAUAAAUUCUUCAUGUUGCGAGUAUCACCGAUAAUUCAAGCUGAGGAAUAUAAUGUUCUACAUGGAGAAAGAAGGACACAUUAAGAUCGAACUUGACUUGAAUGCAAGAUCUGGGGAGGAUAAAUGAAUGUCAUGUCUCGGUUUCAUAAAUUUUACUGAUUAUGUUUAUUUUUUAUCAGUUUUAUAAAAAAAAGAUUGUACUCUGAAGAGAAGUCUGAACGAAGUUCUAAUGGCCUUCAAUCAGUGCAAAUGUGGGAUUCUUUCUGCAUUUAUGUUAUUUACAUACGUAUGCCCGUUUUCAGGAGGCUGAGGUAUCAACAUCCAUCAGUUCAUCUUCAUCAAGCAAUCUAGAUGCUAUGAAAAAGAGGGGCUCAGUGAUCGUCAACCUUAAAUGCAUAGACGCUCAGGUAUGAGUGUGGAGUUAGACUAUGCCUUAGUUGUUAAUCAUACUAUUAAAGUCCAUUACUAUUUGGUUUUAUGUUAGACAGGAUUGAUGGGAAAAACACUUCUGGAGUUUCAAUCUACCAAGGGAGACGUCCUUCCAACUCACAAGGUGGUAAUUUUUCCUGAAAACGUAUUAAAGAGCAUAGUUUACAUUCUAAACAGCCAUCCGCCGUCGUUUUAUUUUAUUCUAUUUUCACCGGAGUUCAUCAAAGUAUUGAGCAGUGGCAACUGAAGAAAUCUAUCAUGAAAGGUGAAGGAAAAAUAAUAUAUCUUUACAUGUACUGUAAUAGGGUUAUCUUACCCAAAAAAUUUUCUUGCAUUCUGAUUUAUAGUACCUGAAUUGCUUUAGUAGUGUAUAUUUUUAAUCAUCAACUUUUUGAUUUUGAUGUUUGGAAUGUUGCCAUUUUUGUUAUUUUCAUUAUGAGGUCUGUCCCAUUAGUUCUGGAUUCAAUUAGGCUAACAAGUUGAGUUACCAGCAAGUUGAAAAUAUUUAUUUGCUGGCUGUCAAUAUGGGAACCUUAAGUGUUAUCUUUUGAAGAUGCUAAAUCCUAAUUGAUUCUUGUUGGCUAGUGGAUAAGAGCUGUAAGGUAACAUUCGGAGAUGCUUUGAUACUUGAUCAUGAUUGUUGAUAUCUCUCACAAGGUUGGAGCAUUUACAGGCGAAAUUGUUAUGGAAUUUUAUCCAAGGAAAAUUUGUCCUAGUGACAGAGACAAUGCAAGGGAUGGGGGGAAUUUCUACGAAAUGACACUGGGUCAAAUUUUGGAAAGGGACAGAUAUUUUGAAGAUAAAAGUGUUUUCUUUAUUUUGAUCCAUGAAAUAGUCUUCUUUAAAUCUAUUUUUUAUAAAACAAAUGUUAAUGAUGUAAGUGAAUUAUUUCGAAAUGACGCUCGUAAAGACUAUGGAAACAUAAUUUGUCUAAAUGGUUCAAAUAUAUUUAAGGUUCUUUCUCUUUUGAAUUUAACUAUUGGACUGUUACUCAGAAGUUCAUCGUGCACAUAUCUUUUUGGUUUUCAAUAUCCGUGGAUUUUAAAUUUAUAUUUUUAAUUGUUCAUGUUCUCAAUCAGUUCUGUGUACUCUUAGAUAGACUAACUUGAACGCUAAGAAAUUCUUCCAGUUUGGAACGCAUGAUGUGGUUAUUCUUAAGCCUAAUAAGGCCGAUGCAGCGUCUUCUUCCCUUGGACAAGGUGUAGUUUAUCGUUUGAAGGUACUCCUUUUAUCUAUCGCUCUCACUCAUUAACACAAUGUUAACAACUGGAUAAAAUACUUUUAUUAUACAGCUUGGAAGGGAGAAAUUUACGAUUCCCUUAUUGUUGUUAUUUUUAGUUGAUCAGAAGCUUUAUUUGUGUUUCUCAUGUUUUGUAAAUGGUUGGAAAACAGGAGACUUCCAUAACUGUUGCUUUUGAUGAUAUUCCAGAGGAUGGUUUGAAUAAUCCUUUGAGACUUGAGAAAGUUGCAAAUGAGGUACACAUUUCGCAUCCAUAUUGUUAUUUCUUCCAUCUUCUUCUAUUAUCAUCCCUCUUUUCCUACAUGUUCUUUUUUUGAAUCUACCAAAUAGUAGUAGUCUUGUAAUAUUUUAUGCUAAACUUGUAAUUAUAGACACUAAACAAUGAAUAAAUAUUUUUAGUCAUGAAUGGUUUUAUCUAUGUUUUAGAUGUCUGUGGUUGAUGCCAUUCAAGUUGAAUCCAUUGAUUGUGUAUGAUUGUGAGUUGUCUGCGUGUAAUCUGUGGAAGAAUGUAUUGCCCUGUAAACGAUGUACUCUGGAUUACAUUGUUAUUUGUCUUAUUUGGGCCAAAGACUUCAGUUAGAAGUCUAUCGUCCGAAACUCUACUGAAUGAAAUCUACUGGAAAGAAAAAAAGGCAUUGCAAAAUUCUAGAGAUUGACAGAACGCACGAUAAUUCUUUUCCAUCUAAGCGACCUACGAUAGGUUGAUAAGGGAUGAGGUUGUGUUCUGAUGUCAACGAAAGCUAAUAUUCAAUUACCAGUCUUUUGAUGCUCUUCCCUGGUAAUGCCUUUCAACAGUAUUUAUUCAGUGAGUAACGAUCCUCCUUUUUGGUCCUAAUUCCACUUAUGUACCCUACUGUUUGAUUAUGCUUAUUGUUCCCCUUUAUUGAAUUACUUAUCCUCAAAGAGUUCAAAAUGAUUCCAAUCUUCUUGCAUUUUCUUUGCAUAGAACCUAGUUAAUGGGAUGCGAUUAAGUAGCAUAAGAUUUGGACGUUGACAACACGAAUAUGACGUGACAAUCUGCUGUAUUCUGCAGAAAUGAAAACAUCGAGCAACUUAUCCUGCAAGAAAGGACUAAUGAAUAAGAAACUCACAAAUUAGUUGGUUCUGUUGGAGACACUCUUCAGAAAGGUUUUAAGCAAUGAAUCAUGCCACGCCAGUGGGUACAAAAUGGUUCCCUAUUGAUGAGACCUCGUUGGACGAGGGGCUUCCUCGCUCUACUUUAGAGUCGGGAUCAGAGUUCGAUCAAAUAGAAACGAAGAUGAUUCUUCUUUCUUGUUUUCCUUUUGCUAGAUCUCAUGAUUUUUUUUGCAAAAUAUGGCAGAUUAGAUUAUUUCAGCUCCAGUUGGUGUUCCUAUGUGUCUAUUUGUGAUUGAAGAUGUAAACACGAGAAUAGUGGAUUGUCACUCCACAUAUGCCGAUGAAGACAAAGGAGUUGAACUGAUUUUUGGUUCAGAUUGGUGGUCGUGGCGACAAAAAAUUAUCCCUUGAUCGUGAAAUGCUAAUUGACUGGCAUAAUUAAGCUCGUCACAAGAUGCUGAUCUACCUUGUUUGCAUAAUUACUACAACUUGUCCAGAAAGGAAACGGACCUGUUGAACCUGACUUUUUUGAAUAUUCUCUGUUUGGCAUCAUCGUUAUGACAUUGUGGCAUAACGAUUUGUUCUUUUUGCAAUUGAUUUGUGGAUACAUCCUCAUUCAAUGAAAUUACCAAUGACAAGUUUCCACCAUUUAAUGGCAUUGCCAUUUCUUCACAGAGAUAAUAAGUGUUUUGUAUUUAGAAAGCUUUAGUCAGUGGGACGGUUAUUUGUCGUUGGUCGUGUGAGUAACACUGCUCUUUGCGGUUCUACCAUCUCGCAGGAUAUCUAGUGGGACUAGUAUCAUAAUUUCUGGGUUUUGUGUGGAAUCCAUAUUGUCAUGCCUUAUUUCCUAUUUGAGAAGUAGAAAAGUGGCUCCUCCAGGAUAACUUCCAUUCGUGACUGUAGUCCCAUCGAUUAUUGUUUGAGAAAGUUGCUUGUUUGGCUCCAAAUUUAGAAUGAAAAAUUGAAAUCUUCAUUCAUUUUUGUAGGUGACCUAUCUCAGAAUGAAAGGUGCACUGAUUCAGCUUAGUAAAGGCGUGCAAAAGGGACCAGCUGCAGACUUGGUUCCCGUACUUUUUGGGGAAAAACCUUCAGCCAUAGCGAAGAAAGCUGUGCCACUUUCUCUAUUUAAUAAGAACCUCGACCAUUCUCAGGUUUUUGUUCCUCCUUUUUUCAUAUGAAGUAAAGAUAACUUUGACAUGACAGAUGUAUUAUAAUUUUAGUUUUUUUCUUGUAGAUCAUAACAUGAUGGACAUAAUCGCUUUACGAUUACUUAGUCAAAUCUUGUUUUUCACUAUUGCAUUCUAGUACAGUUUGUGUAUAUAUCGGUCAACUGAGUGAUUCAUGUACCAUUUCUUGAGAACAAAGAUCCAUUGGCCUGAUUUGAUACAUAUUUUUACUUUAGUUUGAACAUCCCCCAGAGAGCUACUCUACUCAAGUAUCUGUAAGGGAAAACGAUAUUUCAUUCUUCAAAUUACCUGAUACAUAUUCACAUCAGCUGAUUUAGUUGCAGUUGUCUCUUAUCAAACAUUUUCCUUCACCCCCCUCAGGCCCCAACUUAUUUUUUAAAAACAGCUGAAAUCAACGUGAGACCAGCCAAUUUUCUGGCUGCUGUAGCUUGAUCUCACUCAGAUUGGUCAGUUUACUACAAAAAUUGGUGCUAUUAGAGGAAAAGUAUAAAAGAUCUUCUGGGAGGGAGUGCAUGAUGUAGAAGAUGGAAGGUAACGGUGUAGGAGAUUAAGGGAACGACGAAAGAUGUCCUCUGGAGCCUCUGCAGAUUUUCAUUUGCUGUCGCCAAUCACGACUAACCACCAACGCUCGCCACUGCUGGCCUAGUGCACAUGAUAGUUUUUCCCUGCGCUCUACCCCUACCCUCAUGAGAGUCGGAAAUAAGGUCGGGGGAUUCGGAUUUGCAGGGUUCAAUACACGCUGUGGCCUCAAGAAUGACCUUAUUUAUCCUUUCAUUUUGUUCACAGAUUAUAAGUUCUUUGCUACGUACAAUCAAAUCAGUAUUUCCUCAGAUUGACAGACUCAUGCUAUUCGAUCCAGAUAUGAUCAGAUCAGACCUGGCCAAUCUGGUGACUGAUCCAAGUCAGUCUCUACAGUUUGUGAGGCUUGUAUAAACUUGAAGGGACUCACAGAUUUAGCACUUUUGGAGAACAAAUGCCAAGGUUUUCAUGCAAGAAUUCAAGAUUAGUGCUCUACUUGUACUGGCAUUGUUUAUAACAUCCUUUGUCCCUUUACUGAUAUAUAUUUUUCUCACGUUAGUUAGAUUUUUUAAUUGUAAUCUUAUGUUGUAAUGUUUCUUACAUUUCUCCUAUCUGAUAUGUUUUGUGCAAAUGUAUUUCUCUGUAGAUUUCUGACUAGUUACCAGGAUCUAGGAUUUGUCACUUUCUUAAGAUUGUCUUCUGAUGUUUUAGUUGAUGUCUGCGUUUUAAUAAAUUCUCUCUGUGAAUUAUCGAUUGUCAGAUGUUAAAUCCUUUUUAGGAGCUUUCCUGUGGGAUUCUUUUAGCAUUUGGCGCUUUUAGCUACAACUUUUGAUAAGGGCUGACGUUUGACCUACUAUUUUUGUAGAAAGCUGCCAUUUCAAAAGCACUUUCAUCAAAGGAUGUGUUUCUGUUGCAUGGCCCUCCUGGAACAGGGAAAACAACUACCGUAAUCGAAAUUAUUUUACAGGAAGUUAAACGAGGAUCAAAGAUUCUUGCCUGCGCUGCUUCUAACAUUGCUGUUGACAAUAUUGUUGAACGCCUUUUCCCCUUCAAGUAUGUCUGAUAUAUUUUACGGAAACCGCUGGUUAUAAUAAUUUCUGGAAAGAGAUUCUUCUUGUUUUGGGAUACUUAAAUUUGAGUGCUCUUUUUUUUCUUGAAAACUGAUUGAUGCCGCAAUGUCUUUAGAAUGUGUACAGCUUGAUCCAAAGCUUGAGAGAAAGGUCAUUAAAUUAUGAACUAUUUUCAAGGUUCUUAGAUGUUCGCUUCAGCUUUCCAAGCUUCAUACUGCAAUUAUGGGUGAUGAAAUGAACCUUUAAAAUUUUCUUGCAACCCUAGGUUUUAUGAUUAACUAAAUGAAAACUGCAUCAAUUUGCACAUGAUAUUAUGCUAUUCUCCUGCUUUACUUUUCACCUGACACAUCAAUCAUGUUGCCUAAAUGCUGCGAUAUUAAACAGUCAGAAAUGUGAUGGCAGGUUUCACUGGUUGCAUGCUUAUAAGUGGCUGAGAAGAUUCUUCAAUGACUUCUUAUUUGUUCGUAAACUUUUAUUUAGUUUUAUUUUCAUACUUUGAUUUUACUGGGAAUAAGUUGGGGUGAACAAAAAAAAGUGUGGGUAGAUCCGGAUCGUCAUGUUGGCUAGGCAAGCGUCCUGUAGUGAGAGUAGUUUUACUACCUGUAGACCAUCCCAUUGGGGUUGUGCAGGGAAAUCACCAAUUGGUAGGCUUGCUUGACAUUUUUUUGUGCACUGCUUAGCAAACAUUGAGAAAUUAGUCAUUUUUUUUUUCUAAUUCGUCUUUUUCUACGGUCUUGCUAGAUGCAUUGAGAUAUCAGUGAUCCAUAUGCAUAUUUCUCCAAUUGUCAUGCUGAUUUUUUAUGACAGUUUUACAUAAUCUGCAAUGUAGGGUAAAGUUGGUAAGACUGGGGCAUCCUGCAAGAUUGCUGCCUCAAGUGUUGGAGAGUGCACUUGAUGCCCAGGUGCUUUCUUUUUUAUGUUAAUUAGGUUAUCUGAUCUGUACAUAUAUCCCAUGGGUGUCUUUUAUGAGAUAUGCUUGUAUCUGUGUAUAUAUACACACACAUAAAUUUAUAUCCUUCCUUUACUCACAGUCUAGGCGAUAAUGGAUUGAUAGUUUUAUUCCCAUUAUUUGGAGCGCAUAGAUCUGCAUAUAUAUGCUACUACUGAUGGUUGCUUUCGUUAGACAUUGUGGAAAACGUGACGAACUACUUUCUAUUAAUGAAGGAUGGCAAUGUAUUGUUUAUGAGGGCAGAAAGAUGCAAUCCCAUGAACCAUUUAACUAUAUGUCAAGAAGCCUUUUUGAAAUAUGCAUAUAUCCAACGAUUUUAUCCCACGAUUUGGUCUGUACAAUCCCGACCAGUUCCCAAGCAAUAUGCCAGGCUUAAUCCGCGCAAUUGUUGCAUGCAUCAUUGCGAAAUCCGUAAAAAAUUGGAUAGCAAACCUUGGGAAGAAUUAUGCAAAUGUGCUUGCAGCUUAUCAAGGAACUAUUCCCGGCUGCAAACUUCCUGUUUGUCAUUCCAAUAUACAUCAUCCUCUUGGCGCCUGUGUUUGGUGUCUCUUAUGUUCAUCUGAGUCUGCUAAUCUGUCCAUGAGUGGUUCCCUGAUUUCCACUUCCUUCUCUGGCGAUGGACCCAUGGAAUCAGCGAUGUUCUGUUCCCGAGCCUUCACUGUUUUCUCCAUUUUCUUAAAUAGAGAAGUCAUUUAUUGUAUGGGAGAGUACAAACCCAGUAUCUUCUGCCUGUUUGCGAAGUAACUAUCAUUGAUGCUUUAGUAGUUAGGAGUGAAACCCUCAAGCGACCCAUAUGAGAUGACAAAAAGAGAAAAGACCAAGGUGGAGGGGGAAGAAGACCGCACACAAUAACGCACAUGUUUUAACUGUUUUGGCAAUUCGUACACGACAAUAUAGGAGUCGCAAAGUGCAAGAGAGGAGAUGCUCAUUUAAAUACAGAGAGGUUAGGGCAAUACGCCUCAAAGUAAAAAGUCACUAACACCUCCAGAAAGUUACCAUGAGGAUCUGGAGAACAGAAGGUGACCUUACCUGGUAGAAGUCAGAUACCAUACUCUACUAACCAUUGCCUUUAUCAUUUCCCUUAUUUUUCUUCUGGUAACAUAGAGAAGGUUCCUGUGGUCGAUUUUGACUUUGGACAUUCUCUUGGAACGUAAUCUGCCUCCUUUUUGUAUUUCAUGUCACUGGUCUCUUGAACGCUGGUGCCCCUGGCAGUCCCCCAGGUAUCUUAGGAUCCACUUCUCUUAACUCUCCACGGUUGAUCUUUCAUCUACUCCUAUCUCACUCUGCGCCAUGUCCAUCCAAGUACCUUCUUUCUCUGUAAUUCGUACUGAAUGUUGGUUAUGUUCCAUCACAAAUCGUGACAAGCUAUAUAAGUAUCCAUGUAACAGAAUUAUACAUCCAGAAGCCUCAACAAUAUGAAAUAUUUUAUUAAUCUUUAUCUGGAUUGAUUAUUGGAUCAGGAGUAAUGUUGUCUCAUGGACGGAUUACGUAGGUUAUUUUUUCAGAAAAUAAUUUUCAGACACCAUUCCUGGGAAGCAUAGCACAUCCUGUUUGUACAAUUACUGUAUUUCAUUAAGUUUAUUUUCUCUCUUCUGACAUCAGCAUAAUUCAUCAAAAUGUUAUAAUUUCAAUGUUUUUAAUUCAUUUUUUGAAUUUUUUUUGUCAAUGUUUGUUUUUGUUUUGCUUUUAACAGUUGAGUUUGCUUCUUGGGUCACGGGUAUUGCUGUCCUCAUUUGUCUCUAUUAGUAUAUGUUGCUCCAAAUGUCGUAUUAUUGUUUGACUUCAUUUCCUGCUAGGUAUUGCGAGGGGAUAAUAGUAGUCUGGCCAAUGACAUUCGCAAAGAGAUGAAGGUAUAUUAUGUAUAGUUAUAUGUACAUCAUUGACCACUACGUACAAGCCACCAAUCGUCUUUAAUGUGUUUCUACUUGGACUAUCUGUUUAGCAGUUGGUUGCAAUUAUGAAUUUACACCAACGCACGGUUUAUGAGACAUUGUCCUCGAAUCAUCUGUUAUACAUCACUAUGGAUCACGAACUUACGUUUUUUUAAUCAAUAUAUUAUUAACUUAACUUUUAAAUGAUGAAUAGCUGAACGAGCAUCGUUGUUUUGAAUCUCCAAAAUCAUCACGUAUGGUUAAUUCCAUCGUUAGUUGUGGCCUAAUGCUCCAUAGUUAAGUCAUAACCUAUUCUGGUUCAUUGAUUAUGAGCUGUUGGAUGUAGGAUGAUGUACCGUCAUUAAUUAUUGUGUUAAUAUUUAUAUUAUAUAAAGGUAAAAUUAUAUUCUAUGAUUCCAAACAUUUUUCUUGUCAAACGCAUUUUUCCCGUUUUCACCCUUGAUACAAAAAUAAGAAUAUACCUUACACCUAGUUUCAAUUCAGGUUUGAAUAUCAAACCCUAUGUCAGCAAUACGCCAAGGAGAGUUCCUCUCCAAAUGCUACAUUUGAGUGAGCGAAGACAACUGUUUUCAUGGUUUUAUAAUGACGAAGUGUAAUUACUCAGCCUAAAACGGCAAAGAAAGAUCCACCAUGAGGAGAUAAUCUUCUCAAAAUUUAUUCAUGAAUAGAGGCAAAAAAAGGAGAUUUACCGAAAAUCAUCUACGUCCUUAAAAUUUUUAAUUUUCUAGGAAUUUUCUCUGCACAUGUUAUCUGUAUUCUUUGACAUAUUGUUUAAUACCAGGCAUUAAAUGGAAAGUUGUUGAAAGCCAAAGAUAGAAACUCAAAAAGGGAUAUUAGGAAGGAGCUUAAAACGCUUGCAAAGGAAGAACGGAAGAGGCAACAGCUUGCAAUCACUGAUGUGCUUAAAAAUUCAGAUGUAGUGUUGACAACCUUAACAGGUGCAUCAUCUCGUAAACUGGAUAGUAUGACAUUUGACUUGGUAAUUAUUGAUGAAGCUGCUCAAGCACUUGAGAUAGCAUGCUGGAUUGCUUUAUUAAAGGUGAGAUCUUUCUUUACCUCUACCCCUCCUGGUGAAUCUCGGGAAGGCCAUCGAAAUGUGCUUUCUUAGACAAAUAAACUGAUUCUCAUUCCUCUUAAUCAUUCAUGUUGGUAAAAUUAUUUAUUUUGGUAAAUUUGGCUUCUUUCUCACACGAUUGGGUGUAAUUCUAAUCUAAAGGUCAAAAAGUCAAUUCACAAUCGUCAAAUAUUAUUCUUUUUAUUUCUUAAUGGCGUCUUUGAUUUACAAAACCCUCUAUCAAUUUCUGUUUUCAAACUUGUGAAACCUGUUUUUUAAAAAGGAAAAUAUAUUUUGGAACCACUAUUUUAUGAUUAAGAGGACAGAUCUUACUAAAAUAACAAGCACCACCGUCUUGAUGUUGGUCACUUAUGUUAGAAAGACAACCAAUGACCACACACAUGACUUCCCGAGGGAAAGGUAUUCUUUUAGUAUGUAAAUCACUCUUUCCGUCUUCAAAACCUUUUAGUUUACAUCGUCCUGAUGUCAUCUAACUGGUUGGAUAAGGCUUUGUUGGUAGAUUUAGUUAGUUGCACUUUCUAGAAUACAAAGACCCGAGAUAGCGGUCUAGAUCAUGGUGCUGACUUGACGGAUUUUGAGAUAUUUGUUUCAGCAGCAUGAGUGAGGAAGGGAGAGACGUCUCUUGGUGCCCUUUAUGACCGAGGCUCUGGGGACCUAAAAUUUGGGUAAAACUUUAUAUCAAUUUGGGAACUAAGGGCUAACUAUAUAGAAAUCGAACUGCCAUGCCUGAUAAUUUUAACCAUUUUUUUUCUCUUUUUUAUUUACAGUGGCUAAUCAUUUAGUUGAAUUGUUCAACAUUGUAUCGUAUUGAAAAACCCAGCAAUAUAGAUAUUUCCUGUUAUGUGGACCAUUUUUCUACACAAUGGUAAAAUGCUGUUUCUAUACCAUUGCAGGGAUCAAGAUGUAUUCUUUCAGGCGAUCAUCUUCAGCUUCCCCCUACCAUACAGAGUGCAGAAGCUGAGAGGAAGGGUUUGGGUAAAACACUUUUUGAACGUCUUGCAGACCUAUAUGGGGAGGAAAUCAUGUCUAUGCUUACUGUCCAAUACCGAAUGCACGAGCGUGUUAUGAACUGGUCAUCCAAGGAGUUGUAUGAUAGCAAGGUAGAGCAUAGCCUUAUCUGCAAUCUCGAAAGUUGUAUGCAUCGAAUAAGCAUAUAUAGUUUAGAAGUAUAUUCAGUCGUUUUGAUGGGUACCUGUUUUACCAUCUGGAUUACAGCAUGCUAGCUCAGUCUUUUUACAUUCUGUGCGCAUGUCCAUCAGGACUGAUGUGAGAUGGACCGGUGUUUUUUGUUGUUCGAGCUGGAGAAUCUCAGGAUUGAUUCAAAAGACUGAACCUAUAUAAUCUACAGAGCUUUGCCCAUUUGGCAUGUGGCUAUUUCUAAUGUAUAGGCCACAUGAAAACCAAGAAAAUCUAAGUUAUCGAUUUGUUAGUUGAGGAAUCAGGUGCCAUGUAGUGUUUUUUUCCCCCUAGCGUUGGAAGUUUAAAAUUUUCUUAUAUUUUCUUACCUUUUUUAAGGUUAGGCCAUCAGGUCUAGUGGCUUGUUGAUGCUCUCUUUUUCUUUUGGUUGCAUGCACAACGGCUGUCUAUGGGUGUCUUCCUUUUUCUUUUGAGGGCACAGAUAUGGGGGCAUUGAAAGCAUUAUGCAUCAAAUUUUCUUCUCAGAUUCUUUUUGCUUUGCCCAGAUCAAAGCCCACCCCAGUGUUGCUGGACAUAUGCUCUACGAUCUCGAAAAUGUGCAGAGGACUCCUUCGACAGAACCCACUCUUAUCCUCGUUGAUACUGCUGGGUAUGAUUUCCUUGCUCACCCACCAAUGCCAUUUAUGUUACUAGUGGCUAAAGCUCUAUAUAAAGUGCCAGUAUGUUGAUUAUCUCGCCAUUUGAUUGGUAUUCUGUUUUUAUAAUCUCGUCAUUAAUUAGUGAGCGCUUGUACUUUCUAACUGAAACAAAUGAAAUUCCUAUUUAAUUAUGAACUUCUUGUCGAUUGGAUUGUGUAAAUAUUUUUUGUAACUGGUUAUAAAAUACACAAACUGCGAGGCGGUAGCUUCAUAUCUUUGAUAUUUUGUCUGGAACCGCAUGGUACAGCAGUCUCUGUUUUUCUGUUAAUCCUUGUGGAGAGUUUCCAACAACAUAUCCAUAAUGAUUGAAUAUAACAUAAAUGAGACGUAUUAUCUCCAGAAAGUUGCACUUCCCCCCUAUGAUUUUGGAUUAUUUACUUCCCAUGUGUCUUAUUGUCUGAUCUUAUAAUUUGCUUACCCAUUGGUCACAGUUGCGACAUGGAAGAGAAGAAGGAUGAAGAGGACAGCACGAUGAACGAAGGUGAAGCUGCAGUAGCCAUUGCUCACGCAACAAGGCUUGUUGAGGGCGGCGUUCACCCAUCUGACAUUGGAAUCAUCACCCCAUAUGCUGCACAGGUUCUAACGUAUAUCUAGUCAACAUUUUAGCAAAAUCUGUUGAUAAUGGCCCUCAGGUUGUGAGAAGAGAAAAGACUGUGGCAAUGCCUUCUAGACCCAACAAGAAACAUCCUUGGAACAGUCAGUUCCUCUAGAAUCAGUAGAUUCUAUCUGCUGUAUUGAUGAAAGAUCUCGCUGAAAACACUGCCCUCUCCUUCAGGUUGUGCUACUGAGGAUGACAAGAAGCAAAAAUGACAAGCUGAAAGAGUUGGAAAUCUCUACUGUUGACGGGUUCCAAGGUCGAGAAAAGGAGGCCAUCAUCAUCUCCAUGGUUCGCUCCAACUCGAAGAAAGAGGUGCCAAAUUCUCUGAAAAAACACGCCGUUUCGAGGAGAGCAUCCUUGUAAAUCCACACCCCCUCUGACGUUUACCUUCUCAGGUUGGCUUCUUAAGUGAUCAUCGGCGGAUGAACGUCGCCGUCACCCGCGCGCGGAGGCAGUGCUGCAUCAUCUGUGACACUGAAACAGUAAGUCACAACGGCUUCUUGAAACGUUUGGUGGAGUAUUUCGAGGAGCACGGCGAAUAUCAGAGUGCAUCGGAGUUUGUUUAG